AUAGUAUAAUACUGCGUCUUUUUCUGUUAUUAUUAUCUAUGCCGAUACAAAUACCAAUACGAACAUAAAAAUGCAUCCGGCUAUAUUCGCCCUUUGACCUGACUCUGAGUCAGGAAAAACAUCAAUCAGACAAUAAUUUCAUUUUGCGAAUAUCAAUGCAAUAAUACAGGUUUUGUCAUCUACCAUGGAGCUCAAUCUAUUUAUCACAUUCUUCACUCUUUCAAUCGCUUUGGGAUCGCCUGUACCAGAAUGUGGACUACCAGUAACGUUAUCCAACGUCAUCACUUCUCCCAGCGAAACAUCUUACCCGCUUUGGUCAAAAAUCACAUUCUCAUGUGAUGGUGGAUACAGUCACGUUGGAAGUCAAUACUCGUACUGUAUGGAAGGUGGUGUAUGGGACCCAAGUCCAGAUAAUGCCAUAUGUAUGGCCAAUUGUGCUGAACCUGACGUAGGACCAAAUGUCGUGCAUUUUCCGUUUGGUCAUGACUCGGAAUCAACACAAUCUGUGUAUAAUCAUGAGGAUGUAAUUCAGUACGCAUGCGCGGAGGGAAUCAGUGCUAACCUCGUGGGACCAAAUGAAGCAACGUGUGAAAAUGGAUUAUGGGUACCUGCAGCAAUGCCUUCAUGCAAUCACUGUACACCUCCUCUUGUAUCGGAUCCAAAGGUCAUCAAACUUUCUCCAAAUCGGCAGACCUACGCCACCAACGACGAAGUGAUUUUAUCAUGUUCUGAUGACGUCAGGUAUACUGCUGUAGGAACAAACGUUACCUAUUGUAAAGAGAACGGCGAGUGGAUACCAGACCCUACAAAGAUGAUGUGCCGUGAGAACUGCCAUCUCCCAGCCCACGACGCAUUGGUCGAGUCACGCCCUCUACGGAAGACGAGCGUUGAAGGAGAUGCGAAGAUUUCCCGAUUCAAUGCCGUCAUUAGUAACUCUUGUCCUACUGGAAAGGUAUUGGUUGGACCAACCACGCAGAGAUGUGUUAAAGGAAAAUGGCUACCCGAUCGGAAGGUUGUGUGCACCUAGUUGCGUCACGUUGAUGUAUUCUAACAAUAUUUGGGAAAGGUUCACAAUAGCUUUCUACUUUGUCAAAAGUAAAAAUUCUGGACGAUAUUAUAUAUUGGAAACACAGCCUUGCUACUUGAAACUUAUCUAAACGCAGAAGGGCUAAUCUGGUGAGACGAAGGGCCACUCAUCUUUUGAUAGUGCAUUAUAGCUGCUCCUAGUUAGAGUGAACAGUGUAUGUUUAGUAAUUUUCACUCCCAAAGGGGCUAUCAUGCACUCUCAAAAGAUGCCAAUCCCAGUCCAAACCCAGUCUCACUAUGCAUGCUAUGAGAGGAGUGUGAUUCGGGACUAGAUCAGCUCUUUUGCAUUUAGAGUAUGCUUCAAUUAUUGACUUGAUAUUGUUGUAACUCAUUUUUAUUGUCAAUAAUUCAUGCAUUUACAUAUACUUUUGACACAUGUAUCAGUAGACUAUUGCAUAUUCAAUCAUUGACAAGAAAAGCAAUCCAAGGCAAUUGCUGUCACACAAUGUAUUAUAUUGUUAUAAGGUAACCGAUAUUGCAUUAUUCCCAUCUCCGACCUUUUCUUACUCACUAGUUACUCCAUCUCCCCCCCCCCCUCCUCUCUCUCUCUCUCUCGCUGUAUACAGAUUGUAACUUCACACAAUGCAUUCUUACCUAAUCACUUAAAUGUCGUACAUAAAAGUCAUGUUUCAUACACCACGUAUGCUGAUUGCUAAAGAUUGAUUCUUGCUCAGUCGCUACACUCCCUCCCAAUCCCUUAUAUCAUAUAUUAUUCUGUGAUGAUAUCACACAUUGUGUUCAUUACUGAGAGUAGAGAGUUUUCGCAUUUACUACGGAGCCGCUCUCUACAACGCAUCAAUUCAUUUGGAAAUAAGUCAAAUCACAAUGGAGAGGAUUUUAUCGAAAGUUGGUUGACCGGGAACAGCAGCGUAGUGUCUUGACUCCUGACAACGAUAUAUUUGAAAUUGUUUGUUCGGUGCAAACCUUCUGAUAACGCCGGUCCGCCAACUUUCAAUAAAAGUUUCCCAGCUCUCCAAUGUGAUCUGACUUGCAUUUUCAAAGGAACUGGUGCGUUUUAGAGAGCGGCUCCGUAGUAAAUGCGAAAACUCUCUAGUAAUUUCACGACGAGGAAGCAUUCCCAAAGUUCAACUACAAUAAUGAUAUAGUGCAUCGAAGUUUGAUAUAUCACUUAUUUUCCUUGUUGUAUGAGAUAGUACUGUUUAAUAUUUGGUAAUAAAAAAAUGAAAUUUGAAUAACUUGCA